AGAAAUGGAAUUGGUGGGAUGAUAAGGCAUUCGAAAAUGAGUGGAAAAGAGUGAGAUUUUAGACCAAUUAAAACCUGAACCGAUGCAACUGAUGUUUGAAACCAUUGCUUCUUUCUACUUCGAUCCUGAAUUUAGGGGCAAAACGUAAAGAAAGGGAGUAAGUUCUCCUUUUGAAACGCUCUUCAUUAAAUCAUAUGGAGAUGAAAGCAUACGAGAGAUGAUGGGUUCCAUCACCAAUCUCUCCCUCAUUUUGGACCAUAACUAACUGCCACCCAUCCUCCCCUCAACAUGCAACCGACCAACACAAAAUACACCAGUUUUCCUUGUUUUUAUUACCAUUCCACAAAUAGACAAAACUAAUGAACUAAUCUUUUCUUUUCUUUUUUUUUAAUCGAAAACAGUGAAACACCUUCCUUCCUUUUUCUGUUCUUUUUCCUUUUGCACUUUCUCUUUUCCAUUCGGUUCAUUUUGGCUCUUUCUUACUCAAUUUUAAUCUAAACGAAGUCAACAUUUUCAUCCAUUGCAAUUACGGUUAAUCCUGAUUAUAAACCAACCUCCUGAAACCCACAUUUCAUAGAUUUGCACUUGCAUGCAGCAGAAAUUUCCGGUUUCUGUUGAGUUCAUUCAUUUCCUUUGAUUCUGCAAAUGAAACACAGGUUUAGGAGCCGUUCUUUCGUUGCUUUAGGCAAAUUGCUAGCUAUUUUAGGUCCACUUCUUUUGAUUUUCUACACAUUCUUGUAUAACCCUCCCUGUAAUGAGCCUUCUUCAGAUAUGUUGUCACCAAUGGUGGUGAAACUCUCCAACUCAACUGAAACUGUGAAUUACCCCACAAACAUUAGCCACAUUAAGUUCGUUUUGGUCGGCUGCACUAAAACAUGGCUGACCAGGAGACCCUACACUGAAGCCUGGUGGAGACCAAACCAAACCAGGGGAAACAUCUUCAUGGACUCACCUCCCCCUAAAGAAUUCCUCCCUUGGCCUAAAACUUCUCCACCCUUUCAGCUGAAUACAGAUGCCACUAAGUUACCGGUAUACCCGAAGCUGGCCAACCCGAUCGAGGCUCGGAUUUUCCGAUCCGUAUUGGACUCAUUUAGUCUAGGGGAUAACCAAGGUGUGAGAUGGUUCGUAAUGGCGGAUGAUGACACGGUGUUUUUCAUCGACAAUUUGGUACAAGUGUUGGCCAAGUAUGACCACACAAAGCAAUAUUAUGUUGGCAUGCAUUCGGAGUCAGUGAUUUCCAACUUCCUAUUCGCCUUUGAUAUGGCGUACGGUGGUGCUGGAUAUGCUUUGAGCUAUUCACUGGUGGAACAACUAGCGCCAUUGAUGAAUGAUUGCCUUGAAAGAUACCCAUUCAUGCAUACCAGUGACCAUUUAACAUCCUCUUGUUUAUUUGAUUUGGGGGUUGCUCUAACCCUUGAAAGGGGUAUUCAUCAGAUUGAUCUUCUUGGAGAUAUAUCAGGCAUGAUAUCAGCUCAUCCACAGGCACCGAUUGUUACACUUCACCAUUUCGACAAUAUAGACCCAAUCUUCCCUAACAGGAACCGAACCGAAGCAGUAAAGCAUCUGAUGAAAGCCGCCGAAAUCGACCAAUCACGGCUGGCGCAGCAAACGAUAUGCUACGACAAGCCAAUGAACUGGUCUGUGUCAGUCUCAUGGGGUUACUCAGUUCAUAUAUAUGAAAGUAUUAUUCCUCGGAGUAUCCUAAAGAAACCCCUUGAGACAUUUAAACCCUGGAAGAAUGGUCCGCCUCCAUUGUACAUGUUCAACACCAGGUUGCUUACCAACGAUCCAUGUCAUACGCCCCAUGUAUUCUUCAUGGAAUACAUUAGGAAAUUGAAAGGAAAUUCCGUAGUUCUUACAACCUAUAGACGAAAAGCUCGGCGUCGGCUACAACCUUGUUUCGUCCCUGGAAAUUAUUCGGCGGAUAACAUCCUCAGAGUUCGAGUUUUCUCGAAUGCAACACUGCGGAAGGAGGCUGGGAAAAUCGAUUGCUGCAAUGUGCUGCAUAUGGCUGGCAUGAAUGUCAUGAACAUCAAGUUAAGGAAUUGUAGGAAGGGUGAAGUCAUUGCAUAGUUGGAUCAUCUUCGGUUGUCUUGAUCUUAAAUGGUAUAUGUAUAAAUAUAGUAGGGAUAUGUUUACAUUAAAAAAAUAUUUAUCUCAUAGGCUGCUAGUCAACUUUUUUUAAUAUCAUAAAGUUAAUUUGACAACUCC